UUAAAGGGGUGGUGGUUCACGGUGUGGCAGCAGAUAGGUUUAAUAGAGUCUGCGGGAGCAUAUCGUGGCUGCAUCCCUGCGCCUGCCUGCCUUUUUACCGCGUUGCCUGUGCGGCUUUCCGGGCUAUUUUCCAGACGGCCGUGCGUGUCCGCCGCCACAUCGCGCCCCGACAGAGAUGGGAGAGGCCGAGACGCGCCAGAAACUGCUGCGCAAUGUGAAGAAGGAGGUGAAACAAAUUAUGGAGGAAGCAGUAACGAGGAAAUUUGUGCAUGCAGACAGCAGCCACGUUAUAUCCUUCUGUGCUGUUGUAGAAGCCUGUGUGCUGCAUGGGCUGAAGCGUCGUAUUGCAGGUCUGCUGUGCAGUAAUAAGGUCGCCGCACUCUUUAUGAAGGUGGGGAAGAGCUACUCCCCUGCUGAGGAGCUCUGCCGUAAGGUCCAUGAGCUGGAGCAGCUUAUCGAGAACAGCAAGCAGAACAAUUCCUCACUGAAUAAUGACCGCAAUCGGCAGUCUAAGUUACCCCAUCUCCCUCCUCAAGCCCUGAAGAACCUGUGGAUUCGAACAGCUCUGAUGGAAAAGCUGCUGGACAAGAUUGUCCUGUAUUUGGUGGAAAACAGCAGUUCUUUUUAUGAUAAAGAAGCCAUGCUGAUGGAUCCUGUGGAUGGACCAAUUCUCGCAUCUCUAUUGGUCGGCCCUUGUGCUUUGGAGUACACCAAAGUUAAGACUGCAGAUCAUUUCUGGACGGAUCCGUCUGCCGAUGAGCUUGUGCAGCGCCAUCGAAUCCACAGCAGCCACUGUCGACAGGACUCCCCCUCCAGGAGACCUGCCUUGAUCCAAAAGAGACAGUCCAGUGGGAGCAUGGAUGAUCGCCCUCUUAUGUGGGUGAGGGAUUAUGUUGAAUCAUUGCACCAAAACUCUAGAACCACACUUCUAUUUGGAAAGAACAACGUCUUGGUGCAGCCGAGAGAUGACAUGGAGGCCAUUCCAGGCUACCUUUCUCUUCACCAGACUGCAGAUGUCAUGACACUGAAGUGGACUCCAAACCAGCUCAUGAAUGGCAACGUUGGAGAGCUUGAUUCUGAAAAGAGUGUUUACUGGGAUUUCGCCAUGACAAUUCGCUUGGAAGAGAUUGUGUAUCUUCACUGUCAUCAGCAAGUAAACAGUGGUGGAACGGUAGUUUUGGUGAGCCAGGACGGGAUCCAGAGGCCACCCCUACAUUUUCCCAAAGGAGGUCACCUGCUCCAGUUCCUCACCUGCCUGGAGACUGGCCUGCUGCCUCAUGGCCAGCUGGACCCACCACUCUGGAAUCAGAGAGGAAAGGGAAAGGUUUUCCCCAAACUGCGCAAGAGGAGUCCACAUGGCUCAUGUGAUUCUGUAUCAGAUAAGGAAGAUGAUGAGGCAACUGAUUAUGUGUUUCGGAUCCUCUUUCCGGGCAGUCACACAGAGUUCAUGGCUCUGGAUAUGAUGGACCAGGGUGUUAAUAUGUGGCAGCCAACGCCACGAAAGUCCUCCUGUUCUUCCUGCUCACAGAAUGGGUCCUCUGAUGGCUCUCUGCCUAAUGGCUGCAAUCAGGAAAGGGCUCCCUUGAAGCUCCUUUGUGACACAAUGAAAUACCAGAUAAUCUCUCGGGCAUUUUAUGGAUGGCUUGCGUACUGUCGCCAUCUGUCAACAGUUCGCACACACCUCUCUGCAUUGGUCAACACCACCAUAGUUGACCCUCAGGUACCCUGUGAUGCUCGAGGAGGCCUUUCUGUGGAGGUCUGGGGAAAUUUCCUCAAGGACAGCUCUGCCUACGAAGAAAAGGAAAUACACCGGCUUGUAUAUUUUGGUGGUGUGGCCCCUUCACUUCGAAAAGAGGUCUGGCCUUUCCUUUUGGGACAUUACCAGUUCACCAUGACUGAGAAAUGCAGACUGGAGAUUGAUGAACAGAUGCGAACCAUGUACGAGCAGACGAUGAAAGAGUGGCGGGGUUGUGAAGUUAUUGUCCGCCAAAGGGAGAGGGAGAAACACGCGGAGGCCCUCGCGCGAUGUUCAUCCGGGGCCAGUGUGGAACGAGGGCCCGUCCAGCGGGACUCCACCAUCAGCACAGAUUCGUCUCUGAGUAGCAGCUCAGACCAGCAGAACACCAACUCACAGAGUGAUUCCAGCAGCAGUGCACAGGUCUUUGAAUCAGUUGAAGCUGACUCCAGGCCUGAGGAGAAAGAAACACAGCAAAGCAGCCCAGUGAAGACCACAGAUGGUCCACAACUUUCCUCAUGUAACUCCUCUUCUCCAGGUGUGUCAAAUGAGAAUCCAGGUUCAGACAACAACCCUCCUGUAACCGACUCAAUGGUUGCACAUUCAACUUCUCAACAGACAGCUGAAAUGCCCAAAAUCAUCAGCAAUGAAACUACAGCAGGAGAAAAAGAUCUGCUCACAUUGGAUGAGUCACACGGAAAGGAUGCAGGGCAUGAGAUGGAUAGUAAAAUAGAAAGUAAGGUAGAGUUGGAGGCUAGAAUUGGCAAGUCCAAAGAGCCAUCUGAAGAAGAAGAUAAAGACCUAACAACUGAUGGAGUUUUAAAAUCAGUAGAUACAAACAUGAAUUUGAAAUCUGUUCCUGGGAAUACUAAUAUUCUGGAGCUGGUUACAGAGAUUCAUAACGAAUAUUUCCAAGCACCUCCACUUGGGCAAACUUUGACCAUUCAGACGAACAAGAGCAAAGAUCUAGAGGGGGAAACCUCUCGCCCACUUACAGCACAAGAAGAAACCAAAGCACCAAGUGAGAAAAAGCCUGAGGUCUUCAAAAGUCCUGAAAUUACUGAAACAUCCACCAGUAACUCUGAAACCAAAAAGGCUACAGAGAUACAUCUUGAGAAACCCGGUUCGAAUUCUCCAGUCAGACAAGUAUUAAAUGCUCUUCAGUCAGCAUCCAGGGGGAGUCUGACAUUAUCAUCACACUCCCGGCAGUCUAUAGACACUGCCGAUUCUGAUGACUCACCCUCUGCCUUGGAAAUGGAGGAUAUCCCUGCAGGGAUAACAUGCGUGAACUCAGAGGAUAUUAAGGCCAGGCCUUUGGUGGGCCUUGCCGCACCUCCUGUCUCACUGGCACAAAGACAGAAAAUGGCAGCAGAAGACCUCCCCGAACACCAUCUGGACACGGCUUCUAACACCAGCCCUGAGGCCACUGACCUGGGCCUUUCUGAGGAGGAGCCUGAGAUGGACAAUGCACUCACUGAACCAGUCUCUGCAGAAACGGGAGACGUCAUUAGAUAUGAAGAGUCCUCAGAGGAGCAAACCUAUUCUCAAGAAACGCUGGACAUGUACCUGAUCAACCUGCAUCGCAUUGACAAAGAUGUCAGACGCUGCGACAGGACAUACUGGUACUUCACUCCUGAGAAUCUGGAGAAGCUGCGUAACAUCAUGUGCAGUUAUGUGUGGCAGCAUCUGGAUAUAGGGUAUGUGCAGGGCAUGUGUGAUCUUCUGGCUCCUCUUCUGGUUAUUCUUGAUGAUGAGGUAAUGGCCUUCAGCUGUUUCACUGAAUUGAUGAAGAGGAUGAACCAGAAUUUUCCACAUGGUGGUGCCAUGGACUCUCACUUUGCCAACAUGCGUUCACUUAUACAGAUCCUGGACUCUGAGCUGUUUGAACUGAUGCAGCAGAAUGGAGACUACACCCACUUCUAUUUCUGUUAUCGCUGGUUUCUUCUUGACUUCAAAAGAGAGAUGGUGUACGACGAUGUGUUCUCUGUGUGGGAAACCAUCUGGUCAGCCCAAAACACGUCCUCUGAACACUUUGUGCUCUUCAUUGCUCUGGCCCUUGUAGAGAUGUAUAAGGACAUCAUCUUGGAAAAUAACAUGGAUUUUACAGACAUCAUCAAGUUUUUCAAUGAAAUGGCAGAGCGUCAUGACGUCCCGCAGGUCUUGAUGAUGGCUCGAGACUUGGUCCACAAAGUGCAGACUCUCAUAGAAAACAAAUGAUGCUGGACUCUUCACCCCCACUGUCCCAUGAUUCUUUGUGCUAACGUGUUGCAGACAUACUGGCACUAACCCCUGAUAAGUCAAAUUUUUGAGAAAGGAGGGAUUGAUGUUAACGAAGUGUUGAGCAGAUAUAAAGUAAAAAUAGCUGCUCAUUUUACAAAAAACAGUUGUAAAACAACCCCCCCCCCCUUUUGCUCCUGUUUAUAUUCAGGCGAUUCAAGUAAUGCCUGUAAAGUGUUAUUGUUCACCCAGUGAAUGUACCCUUGUUGGAACUGCUUGGGGCUGUUUGUUUUUUUUCAUUUUGCCUUAAAUUAGCUGUUGUUUCAGGGAUACAACAACCAAAUUCUUCACUCUAUUUAUAUGCUGUCACAAUCAUUUACUUAAGUUACACAUAAUGUGAUACAAGUGCACGUUCUUUUAAGAGCUGAAUUGAUAGCUGCCAUGAGUAAACAACAGCUGGCCACAGAGGUGGGUGCUACAGUAGGUGGUGUCUCAUUAGUUCUCACUUGCUUGCAUCUUUACAGACAUGUUGCCUACCUUUUUCUGGCCUUUCCAACAUUUGCUGGCCUGUAGGAUGUGCAGACCUGAACUCCGUGCAGCCCAGCAGGAAACAUAAUGUAGUUUGCAUAGACAGAAUCAUCUCUUUCGGCGGUACCAGACAAAGUCCUCCCACCGUGUGCUCCUUCUGUAGCUGACCACCUCUAUGCACUGAUUGACGUGUGACUACACCUGAUGACGUUCGUCUUUUGACUCCAGCUUUCAUGUCCCUGCAGAAUCGUAGUUGCUCUAACAUCACUCUUCCAGACAAAGGGUUUCCCGUCUAUGGUCUGUACUCCAGUGCAGCAAUAAUGUUCAAAUGGUAAAGGAUUACAUUUGUUUUGAGUUGUACAUCACUGUACUGAACUCUUUUUAGCUGUAGGUGGUAGAAAAUUACUUUUGGUGAGAAAGACAGCUUGGAGAUGUCUCAAACAUUUUACUAGUAAAUUAACAGUGCUCAAACAUUGCCGGAAAUCAACAAAGCAAUGCUGAUCAGGGUUUCUUUUUUUGGGGGGUGCCACUUCUAGUUGCAAAAAUUCACUGUGGUAUAAGAUAUAGUGUUUUAAUAUCACUGCUGAUGUGUCUCCAUAUGGUCGCAAUCAUGCCCAAGUAUUACUAUUUGUGUAUUGCUGUUUGUUGUCAGAAGAUAAACUAUGUGUAUACAAUGUGUGGAAAUGAAGCAGAAUUGUUGUACAAAAAAUAAGCUGGUACAUAUUUAUUAAUUGCAAUACGAUGUCUGUAUAUGGACCUGGUCUGAUUAUAAUGAAAAGAUAAAAAGUAAACCAUUGGAAAUAAAUAUAUUUAUUUUUUUCUGUGUCUAUUCAAAUGGUCCCCAAGUAAAUUUAAUUCAUGGUGUAUUAAAAAUCUUAUAUUUUGCAAUCUGUGUGCC